CUCCUAUACAGCCACUAAACUGUGACUGGACACCCCCAGGCUACCCCCGGACUCUUCCUUUUCCACCGCACAGUACACGGCAGGACCUCCCCCGUGCGCAGACAGAGCCCAGCCCAGCCCCAGCAGUACAGUAGCCCAAGCACUACCAGCAAGUGGCAGAGCUAUCAGCAAGUGGCAGGAUUAGCAGCAGCCAAUCUUUCGGAGCUCACCCUCCUUCCCAACCACUCCCCCCGCCCACUGCGUUACGAGAACACCCUCUGCCAUGACGAGGUUUUGGCUUCGGUGGUGGUGGGCGUGCGUGGCGCUCGUGGUGCUCCUACCAGCAGCCCAGGCGGCUCUCAUGGAGUCUAUUCCAUGUGGAUACAUCCCCGAGCGGAACUUGCGACUCGCAAAGUUCAUCCUCGACGUGUCGGUGGACGAGUCCAACAAGUCGCUCAACUUCUAUGUGACAUCCAAGGUACUCAACCCUGAGGACCCGACGAGCCGUGAUAUUGUGAUUAACGACGUCAACAUGACCACAAACAUGUUCACCACCUUGCACGUACAGAUAUUGUUUGUUGGCCGGACCAUUAUUGAGGAGAACUUGAGAUUUUGUGACCUUGUUUCGGUGAAGAACACCACCGAUUUGUACUCCAGUCCGCGCUUCAGUAACUCUACUGAUGCUUCUGGAGGAGAAAAUUCUAUCCCGGGCAUGGGGCCUCAUCGGGUCAAUGAGACUCAGAUAAAUAAUAGGCGACAAGACAACGAGGACGAGUAUGCGAGCGAGAGCGACAAUGUAUUCCAUUUGGGUCUGCUUCUGGAUAUCCAAUCGAGAGAGGAUAGACAGAUACUCCCGGAUCAGGAACGUCUGGAUAAAGAGCUUCUGGUCCAGGAUAUCCUGGCCCAAUAUCUCCUGACUCAUCUUUCUCCAAGGGAUGACUUGACAAACUCAAUCUUCAACGCCUCCAACAACGAAGUCCAUUGUCCCUUGUACGUCAAUGAUACCAUUGUCUUCUACUACAAGGCCGACAUCUCCGACACUUUUGUCAAGCUCGGCUCCUAUACCGCCACGUUUUCGCUUGUAUCCAACGACCAACCUUCUCAGCUCAUGUCUUGUAACAAGGCGUACGUGACCCAGAUCCAGAACGGUCGAACGCGUAAAGCCAUUCUCUACUCGGUCGUGGUCCUAGCCAUUGUCACAGCCCUUGUCAACUUCUUCACCGUGACAUACUCGUCCGACCAAGAAUCAUCGAACCCGCUCCUUUUCACCGCUUCCACCAUGUGUAAUGAGGCCUUACUCAAACAGUUGGACGCCACCGUGUACAGACUCAUCCCAUACAUCCAAUUCAUCACCUUCACCGGCGCGCUAGACCUCCAAUACCCGGGGUUCUACCAGCCCUUGGUGACGAAAGUAAGAUGGAGUUGUCUCAUGGGAGUACGCUUCUUUGGCCGUCGCGAAGAAUCAUACACUGGGUUCCAGGAGUCCCACUUGUACGGGAACUUCCAUGGCAGUGGACUCUCGGCACUCUCGGCGUAUGCCAACGACUCAGUUCCCAUAUGGCCCAACUUUAUGGUAGUGUUAGCCAUUUGGUGUGGCUUGCUGAUCUUGUCCUUGCAAAUCCUUAUGGUUUGUAAAAGACCAGCCGAGAUGCUCUACUCCAAGAUCUUGCACAGGAACAAGUCGAAGCAGCGCCACACCGCCGGCCCACCAAAACACGAUUUUAUCACAUGGACAAGCAUGUUCUACGUGACCGUGGGUGACUCCAUUCACAGCUUUGUUAUGCUUUUUCUGUUGCCCUUUCUAACCAUCACAUUCAACUUGUUCGCUAAUGCAUCGCAUUUGACCCGUCAAAGAUUAACCAACAGUAGAAUCGUGGCAAUGGCCACCGAAAUCUUCAAGCAGGGCAUUUCAUACGAUUCAUUGGCCGGCUCGGCGUGCUUCCCCACGCCUGGUGGUAAGAACACAACCAACAGCUUGUUCGCUGACGAAUCUGCUGUGGGAAACUCCUCCACCACCCUGAGCAACUACUACGACAAGGAACCCGCCACCAAAUUCUACGAGGACUCUUCUGUAGAGUACCUUGUACCAGCAGGGAUCAUUCUUGCUCUCUGGGUGGCAAUUGUCGGGUUUUUCAUCUUUUACUUUUUGAUUCGAAUCAAGAACUUUAGACCCGUCAAGAACCCAAGAGUCACCCGCUUGUACACAUCCAUGAAAACCAUCCAUUUCUGGGGGUUGAUUUACAACCAUCUCGACCCGGCAAAGCUCUCAUAUGUCGGAGUGUCAUGGGCCACCGUGGUGGCGCGACUGGUGGUGAUUGGAGUUAUUCAAUUCCAAGGCUGUGUGCAAGUCAUAUGCCUUGUAGCCAUUGAAAUAUUUGACUUUGCAUAUCUAUUGGUAGCACGGCCAUACUACGUCAAGAUGACUUGGUGGUCAUCUCGAUGGUUCUUACCAUUCGCUCGAUGUCUUGUCACCAUUCUUUUGAUCCCAUUUCUACGCGAAUUGGAUGUCAGUGAGGCCAAGAGAACUUACGUGGCGUAUUCCCAGUUUGUGAUCCAUGUGGUGGUUGCCGCGGUGUUCUUGGGCCAAUUGGCGUAUUGUUUCAUCACCACAGUGAUGUCCAUUGCCGAGGCCAGAAGGAAGAAUGUUCAAGAUGGUCAUGACUAUAAUUCGUUGGCUUCAAGAGACUCAAAAGUGUCGAGUCAACAAUUAUUUUAUGCUACGGAUGAGUUUGAAUAUCAUCCGAUACGACAUAUGAAGACACCUGUACUGGACCGUAGUAGGGACGAAGAAGAAGAUGACGACGGUGAUAGCAACAUUGACGAUGAAAAGGAUUUAUAUUUCCGUGGAGGUGUAAGACCAACUGUUCCGAGAGUGACGGGUGACUUGUUUUCCGAUGAAGAGUUCCCCGCAGAUGUGUCAGCCCUAGGGAUGAUGCUGCUUGACGAUUCAUUUGAUUUCGGUGCCCCUGAGCGUGCGUGCUGUAGGUCGCCCACCAAAUGUAGUUUGGCUCAACAGGACGAACUCCUCUUGAGACUACCCUCACUGGAGUCAUUCCAUGAACAACAACAACGUUCCAACAUGCGGAGAAGACUCAAUGAUUACACUUUCCGUGAGGGAGACUUGAUCUACAAGAAGUACGCCGAGGACCAAAUCGAUCCGGAAAUCAAGGCGUUGUGGGAUGCUCGUACUGGUAACGAGCAUAAGACAAACCCCAUGGCCCAGGCCAUGGGUGGUGGAGGAUCAAGCUCCUCAGGCGCCACCACGGUUGUUGACGCACAUCCACAACACAUAGUCCGACCAUCGCCAGCAGAAAAUCGUAAACCUUCAAUGUAUGAAGCUACAUGGAACAAGAUCCAGGGGUUGUUUGGGCUCCAUAAUACCAAUCGGAGCAACCAGAUCACCCCUUCUGGAACAGGGUUUGUUGUGUCAAGACCACGACAAAUAGUGGUGAAACAACUCGUCACACCACCUCUGGCGGAAGACAGCUCUCUAGACGAGCGCUUGGAUAGCGGUACGGUCGUCUCCACUCCCGACAAGGAGAAAAAUGAUGGGUAUAUGAGGUAAUUUAGUUUAAUAGAGAAUAUUUAUAUAUAACAUGUAUGUAAGCUAUAUCU